AUCUGCUAGUCCAGAGCUCGGACACUGGGUCAGAGCUGAGGCCUGCGUGUUCCCCAGCCUCCAGCGACUCCGUCAAGGACUCAAGAGGGGAUGGACGCGGCCACAGCUCCAAAGCCAGCCUGGCCCCCAUGGCCUCCCCUCCUUUUCCUGCUCCUCCUGCCUGGAGCGGGCAGUGCCAGCUGCCCUGCCGUGUGUGACUGCGCCUCCCAACCCCGGGCAGUGCUCUGUGCCCACAGGCGGCUGGAGGCUAUCCCUGGGGGUCUCCCACCGGACACUGAGCUCCUGGACCUCAGUGGGAACCACCUGUGGGGGCUUCAGCAGGGCAUGCUCUCCCGCCUGGGCCUGCUUCGGGAACUGGACCUCAGCUACAACCAGCUCUCCACCCUUGAGCCCGGGACCUUCCACGGCCUGCAGAGCCUACUCACACUGAGGCUCCAGGGCAAUCGCCUCCGCAUCAUGGGGCCUGGGGUCUUCUCAGGCCUGUCUGCCCUCAUUCUGCUGGACCUCCGCUUCAACCAGAUCGUCCUCUUCCUGGAUGGAGCCUUCGGGGAGCUGGGCAGCCUCCGGCAGCUGGAGGUUGGGAACAACCACCUGGUGUUUGUGGCUCCCGGGGCCUUCACAGGGCUGGUGCAGCUGAGCGCCCUCACAUUGGAGCGAUGCAACCUCAGCAUGGUGCCUGGCAUGGCCCUCGCCCGCCUCCCAGCUCUGGUGGCCCUUAGGCUCCGAGAACUGGAUAUCGAGAGGCUGCCUGCCGGGGCGCUGCAGGGGCUGGGGCAGCUGAAGGAGCUGGAGAUCCACCACUGGCCAUCCCUGGAGGCUCUGGACCCGGGGAGCCUGGUGGGGCUCAAUCUGAGCAGCCUGGCCAUCACUCACUGCAAUCUGAGCUCCGUGCCCUUCCAGGCACUGUACCACCUGAGCUUCCUCAGGGCGCUGGACCUAUCUCAGAACCCAAUCUCGGCCAUCCCAGCCCGAAGGCUCAGCCCUCUGGUGCGGCUCCAGGAGCUCCGGCUGUCAGGGGCUGGCCUCACCUCCAUUGCCGCCCACGCCUUCCAUGGCCUGACUGCCUUCCACCUCCUGGACGUGGCAGAUAACAACCUUCAGACUCUGGAGGAGUCGGCUUUCCCUUCACCUGACAAACUGGUCACCCUCAGGCUGUCUGGCAACCCCCUCACUUGUGACUGCCGCCUCCUCUGGCUGCUGCGGCUACGCAGCCACCUGGACUUUGGCUCGGAGCCCCCUGCCUGUGCCGGCCCCCAGCAUGUCCAGGGGAAGAACCUGAGGGAAUUUGCGGACAUCCUGCCUCCAGGCCACUUUACUUGCAAACCAGCCCUGAUCCGAAAGUCAGGGCCUCGGUGGGUCAUUGCAGAGGAGGGAGGAUACGCUGGUUUCUCCUGCUCGGGAGAGGGAGACCCAGCCCCCACCAUCUCCUGGAUGAGGCCUCAGGGGCCUUGGCUGGGAAGGGCUGGGAGAAUUAGGGUCCUGGAGGACGGGACACUGGAGAUCCACUCGGUGCAGCUACGGGACCGGGGGCCCUAUGUCUGUGUGGUCAGCAAUGCGGCCGGGACCGACUCCCUAAGGACCUGGCUGGAAGUAAUCCAAGUUGAACCACCAAAUGGCACUCUCUCUGACCCCAACAUCACCAUGCCUGGGAUCCCAGGGCCUUUCCUUCUGGACAGCAGGGGAGUGGCCAUGGUGCUAGCAGUUGGCUUCCUCCCCUUCCUCACCUCAGUGACCCUCUGCUUUGGGCUGAUCGCCCUCUGGAGCAAGGGCAAGGGCCACGUCAAACACCACACAACCUUUGACUUCGUGGCACCUCGGCCCUCCGGGGAUAAGAACUCCGGGGGGAACCGGGUCACAGCCAAGCUCUUCUGACCUUUCCUCCCACCCUGAGGAUCCAACUGAGUGCACUCCAGGUACCAAACCAGAAGACAGAACCAGAGCCACUUUGGACGGGACUGCACCCCGAGGAGCGCAGUUCACUCACACCUGCCUCUGCCUUGUGCCAGCAGCUGGGGAAGCUGGUCUCGGGCUGCUGCCCUGCGCUUUUCCAGUCUGAGGAUGGCACUGCCAUCUCUCCUCUGAGCGGCCCAGGGAGCUACAGAUACAGACCCUGUGGUUAGCCCGGCCUUCCCUUAACCACCCCAUCAACACCUACGCACAACACACGAACCAUAACCAAGGUUCCAGCCUGCUAUUCUAACCACUGGGCUUCCUUCGCACGCUUAUAACUUUAAUAACCAAUGCCACCUGCCAGCUGCAGCCACAAGAUUAUUUCAGAGGUGGGGCUGGGAAGUACCACUUGGUUAAUGGGGUCCCUGGUCCUCACCCACACAGCCUGCCUUUCUUUUCUGGUCCGCAGCCCCAGCCUCUAGGUGCAAGGAACUAGAGCCGGGGGGUGCGCAGCUAAGGAGAAGGGCACGCAUGCGCGGGUGGGGAGGGCAGACCACACAUCUGCACGGGCCUCGGCCGCCUUCCUGUCUGAGCAUGAAACCUGCUGCCCCAAAGCCACCAGAGGCACAGCCAGGACAAAUCAUGAUCUCUGGAACUUGCUUUACCUCGGUUUAUUCCCUUCUCUCCUUUCUGCCUGCCCGCUGAUGAGGGUCUUGGUGACCUUGCCUCCACCUACCCCAGCCUGCCACUGAAGGCAGAGGCCAUGUGUCUGGAGAGCUCAGCACUUCCCGCUGACCACUCAACUCUUUUCCUUUUACUUCCCAUCUCUGGAGCUGAGGAGAGAUUCCUGCACCUCCCAAGGGAUGCCUGUGCAGAAAUCCCGGCGUAGGACACCUAGCUCCUUCCCUUCUACAUUUCUAAUAGAUCCCUAGUGCCCUUGGGGGGAAACCAGAAGGGACCGCCUAGAAAAUGACUAAUAAAUGCCAGAAACUGCCUCUGUCGGAGAGACCCAGCCUGGAGGAAGAAGGGCGGGGGACUGAGCAAGCUGUAGGGAAAGGGGAGGAAACAGGGGUGCAGAGGGUACAGCCUGCCUGGUUCCUUUCCACUGCAGUGCACGUGCGUGCACACACACACACACGCCCAUCUUUACCACGGUCCCAGUGGGAAGCUGUCUCUGGACAGACAGAGGGGAAGCAGAUGAGCCCCAGAACUGCCGAGUACCCCGGAGUGUGGCUCACACAGAGGACAAAGCAGAGCUCCGGAAAGUGCAGGUGCUGAAAAUCAAGGGACAGGACAGCAGCCUCAGCAUCGGGGGAAGACCAGGAGUGGAAGGGAGCAGAGGGGAGCGAGAGGAGGGACGGACAAGUGAAAAGUCACUGGGGGGCUCUGAGCCUUUCUGCAGCAGCACCUGCCCGUGUCCUUAGGUCCUUAGUUUCCCUCCUCCUAGUGGAGUUCUCGCCCACCGGCCCCACGCCAAAGGCACCCUGAGCUACCUAGCUGCCGCCUGUCCUUGCUCUGAGGAGAGCCCAUUCAUUACCACAGCACCGCUCAAACUGCCCAUCAGGUCAGGUGCUGAGCUCUGCAGUGGGGCCGAGGGGCCUGAGCCCGGACAGACCUGCGCUCUUGAGAAAUGCCAUCCCUGCGCCCCAUCCCCCACACACAGCUCAGCACCCAGCAAGCCCCCUCUCGAGCCCCCGAUGGUCCC